AUGACCUCCGACUUCGACAUUAGCGCCGGCGCAGCUCAGUAUCUCAACCUGACCUACAACCCGAACACCCAGAACCAACAGGCUCAACAAGGACAGCAGGGCCCGGAUCAGGUCAACGACCAGCACCAACUCGUCCACCGCCAGCAGCUUCAGCACCAACAUCAUCCUCAUCAUCACCAAUUCCAGAACUUUGGAUACCCGGCCGCCUCGAAUCCCCAAUUGCUUGCCUCCGCCAUGACAAGCAACAAUCGAACCUGGCCUGUCAUGGAUAUGAACGCUCCCAGCAACACCCAGCCGCACAUGUCACCUGCCUCGAGAUCGCCCGAAACACGCCAGUCCAGCUCACCCAACUCGCACCACUCGAGUCCGCACUCGCAACACUCGUCUCUUCAGCCCUCACCGUUCCCUUCGGCGGCGAACCAAUUGACAGACUGGGCCCUCAAUCAACAGCAGGCCACCAUGGCCGCGCAACAAAGGCAGCAUCACCAUCAACAGCAGCAACAGAAUGCGCAUCACCCAGACAUGUCGCAAUUUGUUCCGGACCCUUUGAUGGGCUUCAACACGUUCAACAACAUGCCUGCCACAUCACUCGAAUACUUUCCCCCCACGACGGCGCAAGCUAUCCAUGCCAACCUGCUCGAUCCCAACUUUGGCAACCUGCCGGCUGUGGACGAGGCCACUCAUGCCAUGCACUGGGGAGGGGCACCCAUGGACAACUGGCACGACUUCCAGAGUACCCUGCAGAUGGACGGACUGCCACGGUUAGGUAGCGUUGGCAGCAAUUCGCCCACCAACACAUAUCUCGAGGUUCUCUCUCUGCCUUCCUCCUCGGGCGAGGGGUGGUCCAUGGUCGACUGGAACCAGCCUGGCAUGGAUCAGUACUCGGCUGCACAGGGCUCCGCGAUAUUCAACCCUUCACAGACCCUGCACUUGCGAACGAGCUCGGGCUCCUCCGACGGGAGCAACUCGAUGGAUAUCGGGAGCUUCGAGGAGAUUUCCUUCCCGUAUUCACCCUCCUUCUCUAACGCGUCUGACGGUCAGAACCACCGACCCUGCUACUCCUCGGAUGGGCACCACCAUCAUCACCAUCACCACACGCACGGCAGUGUGAGCCCCACUGCACCCGCGCCUACCCUCCCGGCACCGAUCAAGACGGAACCUGUCUCUGCUCGCCACAGCCCCGGUAGCGGCGCCGGUUCAAGUUCACCACCAUCGUCCGCCGGACAGCCACGCAGGAACUCUGGCCCUCGUCGGAGCCCCAUUGCCAAGACCAACACCAACAAGACCGUGGCCCGCCGCAUUUCCAACGGGAAGAAGGAUGGCGCCGUCGAGAAGAAGGUUGGGCGCAGAAAGGGACCUCUUUUGCCAGAGCAGCGAAAGCAAGCGAGCGAGAUAAGAAAGCUGCGUGCUUGUCUGCGGUGCAAGUUCCUCAAGAAGACCUGCGACAAGGGUGAGCCCUGUGCUGGGUGUCAGCCCUCGCACGCUCGCCUGUGGCAGGUGCCUUGCACCCGCAUUGACAUCAAAGACAUUGGCUAUUUCAUGAAGGACUGGAAGGCUGAUUACGAGAGGCACCUGCACUCGGGCGUCUCCGUCUACAAUGUCAAGGGAUUCUCGCAAAAGGAGACGCUCAUGUGGAUCACCCAUGGCUACGGCUUCGCUCUGCCCAUCAAGGUUCGCCAGGUCUAUGUGACCGACGACAGCUGCUUCGACGUUGACUGGGUCGAGUCCCACAACAAGGAGGACGACCCCAUUGAGUUCGAGACGCGCAGUGAGAAGCUCGACGUCGGCGCAGAGGGUGUUGACAAGGCCUCUCUGAUGAUGUAUCUCGACAGCCACAUCGAGGGUCCGUUUGAGGAUUUCAUCGAUGACCACUUUGAAGGCACCCCCUUCAUCACUGAGAUCCUCAAGACAGCUCACCGCUUCUACAAGAAGCAGCCCAUGCCCGUUAUCAAGAACGCUCUCAAGCUCGUCCUUGCGUACAACUUGACCUUCCACAUCACUCUGGUAGAGAACCAGGGUGCGGAGACGGAGAUGGACGGCGCCAUUGACGACGAGGGCUCAAAGUUCUACGGCCGCACCGUCGCACCUGUCCUUGUCAACUUCCAAAUCAAGCUGGCGCUCGCCGACAUGUGGCGCGAGUUGCAGAAGGAGAUCCUCGAGGAGCUCUCCGCCCUCUACUCUGGCGUCUACAGCACCAAGGGGCAGGAAAAGCACAAGAACUGGCCGACCAUCUUUAUGCUGGCCGCUAUCCUGCUGGCGGUGUGGGAGGAGAUGCAGUUUGACAGCCACUACCGCAUGCCUGAUCCCCAGGCGGUGAGCAAGUUCUGCAACGACAUGGAGACGACCCCUGUCGGUGUGAUUGUGGGUCUUUUCCACGCGAUCUCACAGAAGGUUCCGGCCUUCACCGACUGGGACACGCGCAAGCAUGGUCACAUCUUGUUCGACAACGUGGCUGCGUGUGACGCCAUGACCGACAUGCGUACGCACAUCCUCAAUCACGAAACAUAUCUCCGCGGUCGCAAGACGGCCGAGUUCAAGCGUGACGACUUUGACUGCUUGUCCAACAAGUUUGUGUCGAAGCUUGUCAUCCGCGCCAACUAA